AAGUGCUACGCAUAAUUCCGGAGUAAAAAGUGAUAGUUCCAAUAAUGCGCAUGUACCACUUGGAAAAUGCAUACUUGAUUUUUAUACCCGCAGCAAGGAAAAGAAACCUGCGAGUGAGAAACCAAUCACCCAAACCGUUGAGGGUCCAUCGGACAAUGGCAUCAAGGGCCUGGGCGAAAGAGAGAAGGGUCCAGUAUGCCUACCGGCUGUUAAAUAUGAAAAUACCGUCAUUCUUGGAAACGGCUUGAAUAAUCUUCCAAAUCUAAAGAAAUCAAAUAAUAAUCCUGCCCAGGCGAACGAAAAGAUGAAAGAGCCCUCGUGUAAGGAGAAACCUCCCAUCUCAAUAAAGUAUGAUUUCACUGACGACCGGCCCUCUUGUAUCGCAAAAUGUCCCAGCCGACCUCCAAAUGUAAAGGGUAUUAAUGAGAAGUCUUCCCAUGUGGUUGUCCUUAAAUUGGAUAUUCCAGGAGAUGUGCCUCCACAGGAGCGUGAACCGCCCAAGGACUCUGGGGAUCGGCGCAUCCUGGAGCUGAGUCGUAUUUACAAUGAGAUUUUGAGAGCCUGGCAACGACCAAGCCAAAUGUUUUCCGCCAAAAAAACAAGACCAGACAGCACGUCCAGCACCGUAAAGCUCAGCGCCCUCUCAGAUCUCUUGGACGUGGUGGAGCAACUGGAGAGAACGGAUUUGGUUAGCGAACUUGCGGGGAAAAUAGGCGAGAAACUGGAGCCAAAUCUGGAUAAAAAAAUCUUGCACGAUAAUCAUUUGGUUAAGGAGAGUAGAGCUUCAUUAACGGCCAUCUCCAAAAACGAUCUCACAGGACUCUUUGAGAAUAUGGAACCUGGCAGUGCGGUCAUCGCCUUUAAAAAGGUCUUAGCCGAUGUAAAAUCCAGGAGCUCCUCGAUCAGAGCUGGUGGGCUUUACGACGAGUACAAGAAGGGCUUUUGCCAGCUUUUCAACGAACAUAAGUUCCCCAGACAAUCACUUCUGGCCUUUGAAGCGGACAACCUCUUGGACAGCGAUUUAAGCCAGAAUUUGAAUGAUUCUUCUCAAUGUCUGGUGGGCGAUAAGAAAGAAGAAAAGGCUCCUUCCAGAAACAUUAACUACCUAAAGGCCAUGGACAACUUUGUCAAACUAAACAGGGAGAGUAACCAGAAUGGAGGUCUGAAGCCUUACUUUUUACCCAACUCCAAGAGCCGACAAUUGGUUUGGAAUGAAGUGCCACUUAUAAAGCCGGGAUUUAAUGAUAUUAAAACCGAGGAACCACUGAAAAAAACCGAAACAAAAAUUGAAAAUCCUGAUCCUAAGCAGGAAAUCAAGUGGGAUGAAGAUAUUGCUACGAAAACCAAACCUAAAUCAGAUGACUCUUCAUCAAUGAGCGCUAACAAAUUACUGGCUAGCAAGAUGAAUCCUUGGCCGGAUCUCUCAUCCAGCAUAGAUCCUGACAAGAUUGUGACUGGCAUGAAAGCCAUUAAGCAUUCAAACUUUUUCAAUCUCUUCGAUGAGUACGAAAGCCAAAUGGACAACCUCCACAAGGCACUGAAAACCAAGCAAAGCUGGUGGAAAGAGGUCAUAGACAAGGCUAAGACUCCUAAAACAAACACAAAGAGGAACAGUCUUACUCGGAGUGAGAUUGGGCUUCCAGUUCCAUUUCCCGAAGUGCUAGUCAAUCAGGUUCCACCUCCUGGGGUCACUAAUGUGCUCGAUAAUAUGGCCACCCAAAUGAAUUUGUCCCCUUUGGAAGUGGCCCAAAGAAUUGUGGGAAACAGUCCAAACCUUGGAGGCACACCACGCCUGCAGCCGAUACAGGCAGCAAACCAAAUAGUUCUUCCCAAGGGACCUGAAACUUUGCUUACGGCUUCAUAUCCUCAGCUAUGUCCGCCUCAGGGAUGUCAGCAACUGGAUCAGACGGGGUCGCCGAUGUCGCCAAUUCUGGACAAGAUUUUGGAACGUUUGGAGACGAUUCAGGCCACCAAAUGCAACCAAACAGAAGAGGAAGUGAAGAAACUGCCGUGCUGUUUUGUGGAUCCAGCUGAUGGCACUCCCUGUGACCUCAAUGGAUCCUGGGAGUCUCCAGUACUUGGCGUCCGCAUAAACAUCAAAUCUACUCUCAUCGAGACUCCCAUGGAGGAAAAAAAAGAAAUACCGACCUGUUUCAAUCCAAAAAAGCGAAAGUCCCGGGAGGAAAUUCAAAGAUUUCUACGCACCUGCGUCAAGAUGAAUAGGACGCAAUUGAAGAAUUUAAAUGAGUUGAAAAAUCCAACAGGAAUUCCGCUGAACAUCAGUGUUCAAGAGACUGUGCCGCCAAGGCCCCACGAGCUGCUGGAUAAUAUCACGGAUUGGCGGUUUUCGGGGCAUGCCCUCAUGAUCCAGGGUGGCCCUGUUUCACUCUCCUUCCGCCAGAUGAAUUCUAGCCUGAUUGGUCAUUUUGUUGGCUAUUGUCGCACUUGCGGCUGUGUGGAUACAAUUUUCGGAUCCUGGACCUUCUGCCGUCCAUCGCGGGACUGCCAGGACAUCAGCAUGUCGAUUGUGGACCGGCGGGACAUGCUGCGGCGGUACAGCAUGGACGAGCGAAGGAAGAAUCGCUUCAAGGAGCAACUCUAUCAUAGGAGCAAGUUUGCCAAAAUGGAAAAGGAACGUAUGCGAGAUGAGCAACAGAAGUUUCCUUCACCCUAUUCAGGCAGUAAACUCUAA